AUGGCAGUGGUGACAAAGACCUUUGUCGCAUGUACGUGGCACUUGUAUCAAUUGAAGCAAGCACAGGAGUCUUUCUUGGUUCCUUGUUUGGACCAACAUUUGCUUUCAUUUUACUCUGUUUGGGCUGCUUUGCAAGUUUUUCGUGGGUGUAAGGCAGACCGCGGCGGGUUAUUUGACAUGCAGACUUGUCCUGUUUCUGACCAGACAAAUCCUGGCUGCUUUGCAGAUCUUCCAGCAGUUUGCUUGGUAGGCCCUCAGUUCUUUGUGGCAACUCAAUUUAGAAGUUUAUGGAGGGAGAUGAGCGACAAAUGCUAUUGCCAGGUUUGCUGUUUGUGGUUCUCAGCCUUUGGUGACUCUAAGUCUAUGCCGAAGGGAGGUCUGAAGCUGUAG